CGGGGCGCCGUUAGGGGCGGGCCCGGCGGCCAUGGCGGAGGGCGUGCAGGAUGAAUUCCGAGAUCAGGAUGAAGUCCACGAUCAGGAUGAAGUCCGAGAUCAGGGUGAUUUAGGUGGAGCAAAGAUUAUCAAUAGAACAUUUCUUUCUCUUUCCCAAGUAACUGCCUUGUCAGAAGAAGAUGUGGAAGGAGUUGAAAAGAAGAUGGCAGAAUUUCUGAAUCUUACACAACUAAAGACAUCUUUGAAAGAAACUAUUUUAUUCGAGUAUUAUACUGCAGGAUUUUGGUGGGCUAAAGAAAUGAACUUCAGUCUUAUCCAGACCUCAGGAUUCAUGGGUCUAUUAAAUUUCGCCUUGGAGAACCUCAGCAUCAGACGUAUGAGCUUUGGAGACAACGUAAAAGAACUUGAAAAAGCAGUGACUGGAAUAAGAGAAACUGAGUCAGAAGAAGGAGGUGACGUGAAUUUAUUCAGCGUUGACCAAGGCAAAGCAAUCAUUGAUUUCUUGUUUUCCAGCUUAUUCCAAUACUAUAAAGCCUAUGAAUACCUUUUCCACGUUCGUAGAGAAGAUCUUGUGCUAAGUAAUGAGGAUGAGGUUGAACUUGACCAACCUGCACUUUCCCCCUCAGCUUCAGCAACAGAAUCUCAGGGGACUGACCAGGGGGAUUGCGUGCAAGAGCCCUGUCCAGGGGCAGAAUCUUCCGAGGCUGUGGCUGGAGUCACCGCUGAAGAGGAGAAGUCUGCAGUGUGUGAAAUCCCAAAUGAAAUUAUUGGCAACCUUGAGGCAGACUUAAAAGAAAAGCUGCAAAUGCAGGAAGAAGCUUAGACUUGAUGAAGAGAAAAAUUGAAAAGUCCUAAAUAGCCAGAUAAGAAAGGUGAUGAUGGGUUUUGUAGGAAUUGGGCAGUAGGGGAUGGCACAUACAAAGGCUGGCUCAGUACCUGAAUCAAAUUAUUUUUGUAUAGAGGAAAAUGGUUCUGUUAACAUUUACUUUGAAGUAUUUCAUCCCAGUUCCUCAAAUUUAUGGUGUUCUGCCAGCGUUGUUGUUUAGUUUAGACUUAAGUUGAAGAUUAUAAACAGAAGGGCAGGUAAUUAAAACACGUUGAAGUUCAGUUUAUUUCUGAAUACAGUUCUAAAUUCUAACUUAAAAAAAAAAAAAAAAAGGUGCAGUUUUAUUCUCCCAGUUGUGAAAUACUUAAAAGUUUCUGCUUUACACCUAUGGGUUUUUUUCAGGAAAUGUUGCUACAAGGAAAAUACAUAGAGGGAAAACAUUUAUUUUGAGGCACUGUAUCUAUAAUAAGGGGAGAAUUUAAUUAACGUGUAAUUACGCACCUUGCACUGUAGCUGUUCAUUAAUAAUAUGUAUGUUAUUUUGUUUUAAUUUGCUUCCUAAGCUUUAAAAAAAAAUGUAAUAGUUUACACUUCUUUCUUUCCACCAUAUUAAAAUUGCAUAACUGAAGAGUUUGCACUUAAGUAUUCCAAGAAGAGGUUCUUUAGAUUUCAGUGGAUUAUUUUCUGGAAUGCAUGUAUCCUUUCAUCUGAGAAUGUUUCCAUAUUUUGUCAGACAUUAUAGAAAUGUUUCAGGCUCAAAAGGAAUCCAAACAAAUAAAUGACCUCAGAAGAACCAGUUGAACAUCUAUGUUUCAAACUUGCAGUCUGUAUUUGUUGUGUCACAGAACUCUGUGCCCUAGAAAGCACGUGAAAUACAAGUCAUGCUUUGAAGCAUAAAGGCUGGAUUGGAUUUCAUGUUUAGUGGAAUACAUGAGAAACAGAGUAUUUUAUUCAUUGCAUUUUCAUAUUUAUUGACCACUAAGUAGAAAGUUAGAUUUUGUUUAGUUUCAUCCUCAUUUUUGGUGGUGGUAAAUGAAAAAAAUUUGCAAGCCUGAUUCAGCCAGUCCAAAGAAGAAAACAGCUUGUAGCAGUUCUCCUAAAAGGUCUGAUUUGAUGCUGCCUGACUUUCAAGGGUGGUGGGCACAGGGCUGAGCGUGCAGCUGGAAGGGUCAUUCCCAUGUGCCCAGCGGGAUGUGGUCCCACAGCUGAAGACAACACCCAGGAGCUGUGCCUGGGCACCAGGAGCCUGGGUGUGCUCUGCAGAGUGCGUGCCCAGUGUGGGCACAGAGCUCCUGCAAACCAGUGGUUCACUGGUUGAAGGCACAGAGCAUUUUGCUUGGUCUCAUGCACUGAGGAAAAUUCUUCCCCUGGUAUGUGAUAAGGAGAAGUAAGGCCUGUAAUGAUUCACUUCCAAGUUCCCUUGAUUGCUGUUUCCAGUGCUGGCCAGAAAACUAGUGAGAGCUUCCAUUCAGCUGUUAAAAACUGACUGUUCUGCUUUGAACAAUGAAGGAAUUAUUGAAGCAUUAUUAGUUUUGCCUUUAAAAAAAUUUUGAUUCCUGGUUAUGUUCUUUGUUGUUUUAUUCCUAUGAAAUAUGAUUUUUUUUGUUAACAAAACUUUCUGAAAUCAGAAUGUCCUUUAUUUUGAUACAUAAAUCCAUCUCCCAAGACAUUAUGCUAAUGUCACCAUUUCCCUAGUUUUGAACUCAAAGGUGAGAACAGAACUUUUGAAGAGAGCUGUCCAUAUGACAAAGAGUAUUUAAAAUACUUUUUAGUGAAAAUGUGUUAUUGGCAAUUUAGCAUUGUUUAGCACUUCAGACCUAAUUCUGAGGGCUGCAACAUUCCUGCUGUAGUGCUAAACAGAAAGGGACUAACUAUGGUUUAUAUUAAGACCAAUGCUAAACAAAGACUUUUGCCCAUAGCUUUUUCUCCCUCUCCCAGAUUUUGUCGAACCUCUGGGAAAUUUUAAAGUGCUUUGAAGAUGAAAAAUAGUAUAUGAACCUCAAGUAUUACUGUGAUGAUUUGUUAGCAGUCAAUCUUAGUACAUAUGCAUAACAGCUGAGGUAGUGCAGAAAUCCAGAGUGAAGUCCAAAUCCCACAAACCGUUUUUGUAACCAACUUUCUGCUCAACUAAAUAAUGCUCCCAAUAAAGAAUAGCAGACCCUGGGAUUUUUUGGGAGUGGGAAGGAGGGAUGGUUAGGAGCCUGAGGGAGGGAAGAUGAGUAAAAGGUAGACAUAGCAUCUCUCUAAGCAGUCAGAGUGUGAGUUCUGACACAGCAUAUGAACAUCGAAUCGAAGAAUUCUUUAAUGUCUUCAGAAUGUUAAUAUGAAAUGCAAAACAUCAUGCUUUGGAUAGAUGGGUAAGAACAAAAUGUUCAGAUGCAAUAUGGUGCAUUAGGAACAGUCUCCAUUCUGUAUUCCUGGCUUUCCCAUUGGUUUAAAUCAAGCUUGCUGUUUCUCCAGUCUCUCAUGUCAUGUUGAGUUACUGCUGUAGUCAUCUCUAAAAAUAAUUAUGCUGUCAUUCCUUGGACCUACACUUGAGGCUUUGGUAUUACUAUCUUUGAGUUUUUUGGGGGUUUUUUGCCACACUGUUGUUCUAACAAAGUUCUUUACAAUGCACAUACAUACCAUAGUUCUUAACAGAUUCCCGCCCUACAGAGCUCUCAAUUUAAAGCAGAUAGAUCUUGUAGAAAUGAAGAGAUGUUGUGUUCUACCUUGUCUUCCAGAGAAGUGGUGGUUUUUCAGGGGCAGAGGACAAAUGAAACAAUAUAGUUUCUCCUAUAUAAGGUAUAAUAUUGAUGUUUUUUAGCAUCUUCAUGGCAAAAUCUUGGUCUGUACUAGCAUUUUAUAAUGAGACAGUGCACAACUAGUAAUUAUCCUCUGUGAAAGAAAAGCUCUAUUUUCAGGCAGUGCUUUUCUGCAUUACACUGUCAGUGUGAUGGAAGUUUAGAUGGAAAGCAGCUUUUCUAGUAAGAAGCUGGCUUGAAAGUGAUGGGAGAGGAGACAAAAAGAGAAGACAGUUUUUUACCUGUUUUAUAGUAUUUUAUCAUGACCUUUUCUUUUCAAGCUUUUCUUCUCUUCUUUUGCACCGAAUUUUGAUUUGAAUUUGAAAAUUGCCACACUGUUUCUUUCCUAAAAUUGUAACUGGCAUUCCUAGAAAAAUUGUUUUCCUAGAAAAGCCACUGUGCGUAGGCUUCAAAUUCAGUUUUUCAUAAGUGAGAAUAAGACAUUUUCUUCAAUAACCUACACUGCCAACCUGACCACAAAACAUGGGCAAAGUCAGCACUGGCCUGUUUCAGUCAGGCUCUUCAGCACAUGAUCCAGCUGACCACUCACACAAAUUCAUCCAGGUGGGCGUGUUAUACCUACCUGAAAAGCCUCUGGAGUACAGGUUUGGUCCUGGGCUGACCCAGAAGGGUGUAGAAGAGAGAACCACCAAAUUCUGUCACCUGGCAGUCUGGGGAGGGCUGUGUUCAAGGUGAAAUGCCCUCUGCUUCUCCACCAUCCUUCACAAGGAAGUGACAGCAGUGACAAAACACUGCACUGCUUGCCACGAGCAGCUCCAAACCGAAUGUUUGGAAUGAGCAUUUCAGCCCAUUUUGUUGUGGCACUUUGAGUGUGCAGAGCAAGCUUUGGGCUCCAGCAAUUGUGGAUUCAGAUCACAUGUAGCAAAAAAAAAAUUUCAAAGGAUAGUUGCAGUGACUCAUGUAAUUGCGAGUCCCAUUCAGAUGCAGAGCCUUAAAGAGGACAUGGGAUUAGUAAUGCUGCAGAAAGAACGGAAUGUAAAAUAUUUCCAGAGUAGAAACAACCUGACAUUUUACACAGUGAACUGCUUUAAAUGCAAUAGUGCUACUCUAAAGCUUGUGCUGUCCUUGACUCAACAGAGGGUGCACUAAACAGGAGGUUUGUUCAUGCACAAUUCUUCAUUCACUAGGCCUGAUGGAUUUGUGUUUAUUUUUAAUGUGUUUUUGAAUGUUUCUGCAGCUGUCUCAAAGAACAGAAAAGGAAAAGGUGAGUUGCUACAAGCACCCCACUCACACAGGGUAGAGGGAACAAGUGGAAAGACCUGUAGCCUUUACAUCAGGAGGCUGUGAGGAAGAAUGGUCCAAAAAAGUUGUUCUAAAUAAGCAUGGUACUUGUGUGUUCCUGGAGAAAGGCUGGUGGAGCUGUAUCACUUCAGGAUGCUGAUGUGCGUGGUCAUUCAUGGUGGGAGCCUCUGGAGGUUGUUUUCAGCACUUUUAAGGUGAGCCUGUUCCUCUGGUGACUGCAAAGGUGGCAUCAGGAUUUUGUCUCCCUUCACUGAGGUCAGUCUACAUGAAUAUCUCAAAUUUUAAUUUCUCUCUUUCCAGCCAUUUCUGAAGAUCUUUCAUACAACAUUUCCUUGACAUUUGAAUCUUACAUGUUUUAAAUUUCAGCCAAGACAAUUUUCUUGUCUAUUUUUAUGAUUGUAUUGAUUGUAGCAUAUAAAAUGUCUUAUCUGGGUAGAGCAGGAUCCAAGUAUCCCAAGCUGCUGCCUUUGGCAUUGGCUGUGGGAGAUGCAUAGCAAAGAGCAUAGGAACAGGGCAUCCUAAGGGCAUACCCCUGGCAUGGACUGGUGCUUUAGAAACUUGUGGAGCCACAGUAUGCACCCAUGGGUUGAAAUGGAAGGAGUUUGUCCAGUCUUUUUUUGACCUCAGCUGUGCUCCUGCCCACCAUACUAUUCAAUGGCAAUAAGUUCUCACUGUCAUUUUUGUGUUGUUGGUGAGCCCCAGCUGCAGAGGAUACCGAUGGCUCAAAUUUCCUCAGCUUAGUGGCUUUCAAGAUCCUCAGCUGUGUUGGUGGCUUGUAUGUCCUGAGAGUGGAUAACCAGGAAGACACUGACUUUUCAUGUACAGCAGGAGCAGCAGAGACCCAGGAGGAAAGCAAUCUUAUGGCCAAAUGCAGGAUGGCUGGGGAGAGUGAAGAUGAGUGAAAUGGAAAUUCGCAGAGCUGUGGAGAAAACAGAACUCAAACAGGGACAAAUCUUCAAAUUCUUUACCUCAAAACACAAUGAAGGCAAUGGAUAAUUUCAAAUACAGAAAGAUUCAGACAUGGGGAUUCAAUGCCUGGGUCAUAAAGGUCCAGCUCUGCCAGCUUGCCAUGGCUGCUGUCUGCCCUGCACGAGGUGGGAUGAGGGGACUCACUUUGCCCUUUCCUGGUGGAUUCAGCCACAGCACAGGGACAUCGACCACCUCUGUUCAUAUCGCCAGGGACACCUUGGCAAUGUGGAGAAGGAACCCACUGCAUCGUGUGGAGUGGGUAAUAUCCAGAUUGAGGGUACAUGUCUGGGGCAGGGGGCAUCUCUGAGCUGCCCUGCUCUCCCCUUGGUGUCACUGCAGCAAGGAGUGGGGAAUGGCUCACUCAGCGUCAGGGAGUGGAAAACUCUCACUAUUUAUAUUUUGCUCAGUGGAAGAAAGGGUCACACCCAUCCAUCUCAUUAGUAUAAAAAAGCAUUGACAACACCAUAAUCCCCACCUUUCCUUCUCCCAUGCUUCUCCAGAGCACCUGGUGCAGUGCCAGAGGGUUUAAUAGGUUACCCUGCAAAGCCUGGGACCGUGGUGUCACGCAAGGUUGCACAUUCCCAGGAAGUGCAUGUGCACAAAGCUGUAACAGACAGACUGAGGAGCGAUGGCCCUGGCUGGCAGUGCCGAGAGGUGCUAAUAUUGCUGGGGAAAGUGAAAACAUAAUUGAAACCGUUUAUUUUGGGGGGCAUGCAGGACACAAUGAGGCAAUAACUUCUGAGCAAUAGAUACCUGUAAUUCACCUAUCCUGGUCUUACAGACUUUUAAUUUGCUCUACAAAUUUGGCUGGUUGCAGAACAUGUAAACACCCAGAACUGUACUCGGCAAACCAUUAAACAUUAACUUAUUGUCGACUUUAAAAAAACCCUACUCAUGAUAUUAAAAACAUAAGGGGAAAGAGAUGCCAAGCUAGUGAAUGAAGCCAGCUGACUGCUGAGAAGAGGCUACGGGGUUUGCUCCUUAGCUUUGCUGUUUUCAGUAAUCUGAGUCACUGAGAUAUUUUUAGACACAGUAACAAGUUCCAUUGUUAAGUAAUUUUUCAUUUGAAUUUUUCUCAAAUUAUGCUGUCCUCUUGGCCUGCAAAUCCCUUUCUUCAGCAAGGCAGUGCUGCUCUCCACACCCCAAGGAGGAAGGGGAGCUAUGGAGGACUCUGAUGAUUUGGACCACAUGGUGGAACAAGAUAGAUCUCAGCGUCAGGUUGGCAGGAUAUUUCCCUUUCUUCAAAGGUCUCCAAACCCAGCAAGAUUUUCUUUGAUAUCUCUCCAAAGGGAUUUAUCAGCAUUGGGGCAUACAUUUGUUUAGAUUGUUCCUGUAGGGUGGGACUUUCAAAGUCUUUCAAAGGAGCAAAAGGAUGCCAAGUGCCAAAUUCUCACCAAGCUCUCCAUAAAGAUUUCCUUAGCUUCCUUUGAAAAUGUUAGCUGUGCUCCCCAUUGCUCUGUGCAUCCCUGCUGGAAAGGUGCCCAACGGUACCAUCACAACGUGGGCACAAGGGAUACAGGAAAGAUGGUGACAUUUUAAAAAACAGGAGGAAGAACUAGCCUGGGAGAGAGGAAAUGCAUGAAAAUGUGCAGGUUGGGGAGGAAACAAGGAGGGAAAUGGAGACCAAAUUCCCUAGACCCAUCAUUGUUUGGGGUUUUUUUUAUUCUUCCUCUCUGCUUAUUAUUUCUCCCAUGUUUUCUCUGAGAGUUUUUAACUAAAUUGACAUGUUUUAGUUAAAACAAGAGAUGAGCAUCUAUUGAGAUCAUGGGCAGAACUUGGGCCCUGUGACCAACUUCUGCUCGUGCUCUGGCUUGAGAUAUGUCGGAACACUCAGGUGACCUGAUGGCGCCAGGCAUUAGGGUGGUCCGCCUCAGGGCUGCCAUAGGAAAAGCAGAGGCUGUGCCCUAGGACAGGGCCACAGGGAAGUUAGAGGUUUGGCAACUGGUUGUCUUAUGUACUUUUCAUGAAGUAGGGGCUAAGUCCUCCCUGAUGGUAAUGCACUGCCUCAGACAUAGUGGGAGAUCUGCAGGGAGCUGCAUAGAGACAUUCAGGCCAGUAGCUCCCGAAUAACAAAUGCACUGAUGUCCAGGAGAGGACUUCCAGAGCAAUUUGUUUUCCUACCCUGGGGAAAGGGCCUGAUGAGGGCUGUUUGGAGAGGAUGUCAGAGAAGGAAUUUUUAUUUUACGAGUAAGGAGAUACAGAGGCUCUUUCUGAUCUGUUAUAGGUGCGUUAAUGAUUUGCGAGCUGAAGCAGAGCUUGUCGUCCUCUGGUUAUUUUGCAGGCUGAGAAGAGCCUUCCAAGUUCUCUAAUACUGUAUUUGUAGUCAUGUACCUGGCUGGGUUUUUUAAAUGAUAAGUACCUAGAGAUUGCUGAGAGCCACAACAUCUCUUAAACCUAGUUUCUCCUUAGUGCUUGUUGGUUUCCAGAUACAAUUUAAGAUGUUGAUUUUGCCCCCAAGCCCCCAUGACUUAGUGUUGCAAAGAAAAGUGGUUCUGUUAAAAUUUGUCUUAUAUCAUGAGCUAAGUAAACCUCAGCACAUCCCUUCUCAUCCCAUGUUGAUCCAAGGAUUAGAUGUUAGCUCCCUAAUUCAGUGAGGACAGGCACAGACCUGCUGCAGUAGCUCUGCCUGGUGCUUUUGAGGGGCUGAGGGCAGCAGGGUGCUGAGGCAGAGAGGGAGCAGGGGCUCUUGAGUCCUUGUCUCUUGCAGAGAGAUGGAGGGCAGAGGGAAGAGCCUGAAGAGACUCCCAGUUUCUCAUUGGGGCACUGAAUAGGGCCAGCAGCCAGCUUGGGAACUCCUCGGAUCUCAGCCAGCAAUGGUUGUUGAAAGGAGCUUCAUUAAGCACUCCUGAAUGUAAGUUUUGGGAAAUCAGAGUUUCACUUUGAUUUAUUUCAAACAUUCAGCUACCAAGAAUAAAAUAAGGACCUCUCAUAUGUGUUUUGGAGAGGUAAUAAAACUUAUUUACAUGUCUGCAAAGUCCUUUGCCAUGCGCACUUAAAUCAGCAUUGCAAAUCUAUCUGAACGUGGUGCUCUGGCAUCAGCCUCCAGAUGACAUGUAACAUGUUUGCAGUUUGAUGGUCUUCACUCAAAAGGCUGGCUACAAUAUUUUUAUAUUUAGAUUUAUUUUUGGAGUUUAUGGUUGAAAGAUUUCAGCUCUGGGCAGCCUUUUCCAUGGCUUUUAGUAGCGACACUUGCAGUUGUGUUUCACGUAAUUAAACAGCCAACAAUACUUAAUGAAGAAAUAAAUAACAUCAAUAAAGUAGUAAAUAAUUAUAUGCAGGCAAACACCAAAGACAUUAUCCAUCAGGCAACAGCUGUGAGCAUUAGUUUUGAUUAAUCAAUAAUGUUGUACAAUAGGAGCAGGAAUGCUGGCCAGGCCUCUGGGGGAAUCACCAACGCUUUUCUAAGCAGCAAGCAUUGUGAUUUUAAGCAGAACUUUCAGCAGAAUCUUUAAUUAAAUGUAACAACCAAGAUCUCCUCCAGCAGCAUUGCUGCACUUCUCAAAGGCCAUCGAGCAGCUGGAGUUUAACCAAGACCCAUUUAAGGAAUUUUCUGUAGCUGGGAAGGUUUCUUGGUACGUCUGUGUUGGGAGAUGCCAGUUGGGUACCAUGUCCAUCAGCGAAGGCACUGUUGGGCCAAGGGUGCUUUGGUGCGGUUUGGUGACCCUCUGAGCAAGGGACCAGAAGUGCCUGGCUUGUGCCACCUAGGCAAAAUGAGCUGGAGCUUUUGGCUCUGCCUUCAGCAAGGUGGCAGAGGGCAUGCCUGCCCAGCCUGCAGCUGGAGCCCUCAGGGCCUCAUCCCAGUCUGGGCAGCUCUCAGAGCAAGCGCCUGUUCUGUGUUUUCUUUCCAAAUGUAAAUAUGGCUGACAUUUCCCACCCAUGCUGCAGCUCCUCAGGAAUCUGAUGUGGGCACGUUCAUGACAAAAUCAGCAAAGUCUGGUUCAUCUUCAUCUGUACCUCCUGGAAGAGGAGCCUUAAUGAAGCUUCCAGGAGGAACAGAGUUCCUACCCCCCUUGCUGAGCGUUCCUGUCACCAGCUCACUGAAUUCUGUGGCACCGCUGUCUACUCAGGCAGCAUCCCUGGAUUGUGCUGAUGUUCCACUGCAAUCAGCCAGCCAGAGCAUUGGCUUCUUCCUUUCCUUUAUACUUCUUCCCCUUCUUUAGUGUCUAAGAGCUUGAAAAGAAACUAAACCAUUGAGAAAGGCUGAUCAUGGCACCAGAUCCCAACUUAGAUAAAGGCACGAAGUUUUAUAGCCAUUACCCCUUUAAAAGAGAAAGAGCAGAAGGGACAAGAAGGGUUUCUGGCAUGUCAAGGACAAAUUUCCAGAGUCUGCACUCACGUCUUGAAGGUUUGUUCCUUAUGAAACCAAUUGCUGAUGACUUCUUGGCAUCUGAAUAAGCAACAGCACCACAUUGCUUCCACCAUGAGUCCAAUGCUGGGGAUAUCUCCCCAGCAGUGGAGACAGGAGCAUGAGAAGGGAGUGAAGCAAAGGCUGUAGCUUGGCUUGACAUGAACGAAACAGAUGUGCAGAACCACUCCUGGAGGGUUACUUUUAUUCUCUGAAUUGGCAGAUGCACGUAGGAAUUUUGCAAGCAUAAGGCACGUGGGUUUGUUGAGCUAAAAAUGGCAAAUCUCCAGAGAGGGAUGGACAGGGAAAGCCCUUGGCUCUUGUUUGAGAAAUGGAGGUUUGCAGAAGGCAAUGGGGGAAACAUCCACAUGACUUAAAAACUCAAACAGUGCCCAAAGACCAGUCUUGAAGUCUUUUUUCCCAAGCCUUCUCAGCAGGAAAACCAGGAACAGAAAUCUCACACGAUAAUUGCUGAUAGUGCAACAAACCCCAGAGGGUUUCCUUACCCACUUCUCAACAUGCAGGCACUAAUAAACUCCUGUGUUAACAUUAAUAUUCCUGAUAGUCUCUGUGGGCUCCUUCUCCCAAACGUGAAUCUCAUUAAAUUCUGUAAACCCAAAGUAAAUUGGAGGGUGUUUAAAGGUGUAUCCUGUAAACUGGAGAGCUGCUGCCUGCUCACAGCCCCUCAGAGCACCUGCCAGCCAGGUCUGGUUGCACUGGCUGCACUUCUGGAGUCUGGUAUGGCAAAUGGGUACUGCUAAAUCUACACAAAUCUGGUACCAUCUCAGAUAAUGCCAAGUGAAAACCGCUCACAUUUCUCCUUCAAAAUCAGCAGAUAUGAUUAUGGUUUCCUCCCUCGCCUGUGAAGGACAUGUGGGGUAUUCCCAGGGGCAUAGAGCACACAUGUACAUUUCUCUGUGGAUGCUAAGACUGGUGAGGACAAAUUGACUGUUUCCUGCAAAAUAAAAUCUCAGUUUCAUGUUUUUAAAUAAGUAAUGCAGUGUAGGUAGCCUAUAAAACUCAGAGCUUUUCCUUUCCUUAGAAGACAGGAAAGCAUGUCAAUAAGCCACACAUAAGGGCAGGGUUUAGAGGUUUUUUUAGUUCUUUGUCACAUUCUUUCACAGAGUAAUCAUAUUGGCUUCUCCAGGAACAGUAUUUAAGGCAGAUAUUAAUUUGUUCAAUGAGAUAACUUUAAAAAUUACAGAUAAAGAAUAAGUUUUUGGUAGGAUAUGGAUCUCUUUCCAGGAAAGCAGCAUCUUAAUAAUAGAUAGGGUAUGGACACAACUUCAGAAUAAAGACCUAUUCUAGGUCCAGGUUUAAAGUACCUGAAAUACUACUUUUUCCUAACUGGAAUAAGGCUUCUGCAGACUUUUUCUUCCCAAGCAGAUAAUAUUUGGCAUCUUAUGCACUGCAUCAGAUAAGAUAAGUGGAUGAUCUUCAGGUAUUUCUCUGCAGUCCUGUUAUUCCUGCUUAGUUUUAUUGAGAUGAAGCUCUGGAUUCCUAAACUUGGGAAGGGCAGAUCUCAUCAGGCCUCCUCCUUUCUUGCUGUCCUGAGCCUGUGCUUGCCACUGAUUCUGCUCAGAAUGGCUUUUCCCUUGGGUUGCUGUUUUCUGGUAGUUUUGGUAGAGGUGGAAGUGCAUGGUGCCCAGCAGCCAGCUCUGGCCUCCCUGUGGCUGUCACCAAGGACCACGCUGUCCUCUGCUUUCACCAAAAUUCAGGGCUUAGGAGUGAGAUCUUUUUGAAGAACUGCAAAUUUUAGAUCCCUUUUUAUUACUAAGCUAGGUAAUGCACCUCUCAAAGUCAUUAUUCAAAUGUGGCAUAUGUUUUGCUGUGAAUUUGCAGUAGAACUCUUUCCAGUGAUUUUCAAAAUAAAUGAGACUUUGCAUAGUACCUUUUCCGUAUUUAACAUUGCCUUCCUGGCUUUGCAGCCAAGGCUUCCUUUUAAAGGCAUGUGCAUGAGAUUAUGCAAUCGUAGUAUUCCGGAUACCCAGAGCAAUUAAAAUAAAUCAGGCUAGGUAUAAUGAAGAUGAGCCAAAGCAUCUGUUUCUCAAGAGGAUUUAAAAAAACCCCACCAACACUAUCAUCCCCAGGGGCCUGAAUCCAUGGUGGUUAGACCUCAGAGAUUCUUGUACUUCAGAAAUGUGUCCAGCACUCUCUUGGAUAAGAAAAGGAGGAGCUGCAAAGGAGGAGAGGACUCUGGUAUGGCCACAAUUCCUGCUCCCUGGAAACAGCAGCUGGAUAACCCCUUGUGUUUGGCAAAGCUGGACUUGGAGAUUAAUUCCAUUUCCCUUCUAGUGUUUUAGUUUGACAUGUGUACCUGGAUGGAGAGGAGAAGGAAUGAUUUCUGCAUCCUCUCCGGUGUUUACCACACACAUCUUGUGUUUAUAACCUGUAGUUAUUGACAAUGGUGCCUCAGCAGGAGGUGCAGAAAUGUCCAUCCCCCCGUGCAAGGGACCACAGUGACCUGGGUCACUGUGAGACAAGAAGGACACUUCAGGGCAUAGAGUUGAGGUACCAGGAGCUAUUUUGAUUUAUUUUCCCCUCCACUGCCACUUGGCACCAGAUGCCAAAAGCUGUUUUCAGGCAAAACCAGGAAGGGAGCCAAGUGUGGGGCAGUCUGCAGCAGGUUGGCUGCUGAGCUGCCUUGCUUAGGUAGGAUGGCUCAAAGACAGCUUAGCCAAAGGUUAAAUGUCACUAAACUGUACCAGAUGAUUGACUCAUCAUUGUAGCGACAUUUGUAGCUCAGGUAAAGGAUGAAGAUGCGGGAAUAACUGCAGAAGAGACUGCUAGUGCUUACCAGGAAAAAAUCUACAUGCAAAGGAAAGAGCAAGUUGUGGUGGUGGACACUUUAGCCCUGCAGGUAGCGAGGGGACCUCAGGAAGGCUUUCUCUGUGUCGCUGCAUCUCAUUCUAGAGCUGGCAGGAAAGAUCUCAAUAACUGGGAGAUCAAAUGUCCUUGCACAAACCAAACUGGGGAAAACAGAAAAACUCAUGCCAAAACAGAUGAGCAAGGGUUGUCAUAAGCACUUAGGCAUUAGGAAGGCAGUCAGAGUCAGUAAGGAGGUGAAAUCCUGCUUUCAUAUGAUGGCAGGGUAGAACAAAGCAAAAUCUGAGUUUGGCUGGUGCAAAGCCCACUUUGCCCUGACUUGCUCCCCAGCAGCACUGACUGCUCCCUCUGAGACAACUGCUUACUGUCCUCUGGGGCCCACCAAAUUUUUUUAAAAAGGGAAUUUUCUAAGGAAAAAAAAAAGCCACAACAGCUCAGACCUGCGAAGUGGAAAGAGGUCAGCUUGUUUACUUAAACCGAUUUAAAUCUGGCACACUGAGAAUAGCAACUUGCUUUGACCACUGACUUGGGUAAAUAUGGCCUGGCAUUCUGGUGAUAUUUCCAGCCCCAGCUAUCCCUAUCAUGCAGGGAUAUAUAUAUAUAUAUAUUUGCACAUGGGUAUAUUUUCACUAAAAACAGUUGAGGUAAAUUAUUUGACAGGAGCUGGAUGUGAAAUGACUGGUGUGCAUUUCCUGUGCAUUGUUUGGAAAGUGAAGCCCAUGUAAAGUCCUACCAGGCAACAUGCUCCUCCAAGCUUUAUGAUUAUAAAAGAAAUCAUUUGGUCACAUUUAGGAACAUUUCCAGUAGAGAAAUUUUUUUCAGGAUUUGGUGAGAAGGCAGCUAUCUUUAGCAGAUAAAUUAGCAUGUUUUCUGAGAGAUCCACACAGGAAAGGAUAGCCAGGGAUUGCUUGCUGGACAGUAUCAGCAUUCCAGCUUUGAAAUGACAAUUCAGCCCUUGUAACAUGAGAUGAAAUUAUCUCCGUGGCCUCGGCUCCCUCUUUCUCCCACAGCCAUCCACGCUCCCACCACACGUAACAAGACAUAAUUUUACAUAAGUAGAAGACUGUGCUCUGAGCCAAUAUCCGAGUCGUGCCUGAUUGAAUAUUGCCAUUUCAGAGCCACCAUCUAAUCACAUUUUUCAGGCCGCGUGAACAAAAUAAUGUUGUUAUAAUUACACAGAGUGUUUGUGUGUAUGCGCGCAUGUGUAUUAUAUAUGUAUAAUGACAUUAGGAUGAUAAUAUAGCUGUUUCUAUUAGCUCUGUGGUAUUAAUAAGGUAUGACAGAAAGUUAUUUGAUACCAUUUGAAAUCCCACUUGCAUUUUCAUAUUGCUCUCAGAUGUAAUUCAGGGACUUGAUUUUUAUGAGUUAUGGCUCUGAUGUCACUUGUAUUUUUGCCCGUAAUAGGUCCCACUGGAGCAAAAUUCAUCAGACUCAAUUAACAGCAUCUGAAAAGUGUAUUUGGUUAGCAACCAAUCAGGCAGAAAUGGUGUGGGCUCUGUUUUAGCUGACCCAUCAUUCUGUGCCACUAGAUGAAACCAGCUUUGCAGGCAGCAGUUAGCAGCCGCUGGAGCUCAGUUACUGUGAGAGUAAGGCAACUAUUUUGGGGGCUAGUCAGCUGCUGGUUCUUCCUGUCCCAUGGCUGCACCCCUUGUUAUGGGUCUCAGAAUACUCUGCAGCCAUCUGGGCACCCUUCUCCUUUCUGCAUGUGCCACCAGUCACUAUUUUAUUGUUGAAUAUCUUGAUACUCAGUGAUGAUUAUUUUCUUUAAGCAGCCUGGUCUGGGAGCCCUGGGGCAGUGGGGUGCUUGUUCCAGGCAGCUGCUAGCAGUGCUGUGGGGGAAUUAAAAACACACAAUGCCAGGGCAACAAAAAGAAAUGCAAGGUAAAUAAAAAUAAUUCCAAAUGCAGAUAUGAAUUGAAGACUGGGGUUUGUAAGCUGAUCUCACGUAGGAUUUCUGCUCGGUUUGGUCACUUAUUGGAGCUGGUGGAUCUUUUGAAGGGAAGAUAAAUGCUCUGACUCCUGGCAUUAUUAAUGCUUUGAGCUAGUGAUUCAUACAUCUGAUCUAAAGGGCUCCAAAGUGAGAGACUGAUCCCAAAACCUGCUGAACUGAACAUGGGGCCUCAUGGCAAUUUCACAGGGCUUUGCAUCCCAUCCCGUGCGCUGAGUGGGAGCAGGGGCUGGCAUCACCCUCACAGUCCCUGCUCCCGCUGUGACUCCAUCUCACACCCUGAACACUCCUCAUAAAACUCCCCCGCGUCUUAAAGGCCUGGGAAGGAAAAGCUGUGAGCAGAGAAUCAGUAAGUGGCCUGGAGCCCCCAGCACUGCUGGCUGCCCCCCCGUGCAGGCACAGCCCAUCCCAGCCUGGAUCAGGCUGUGUUCCCUUCCAAGCACAAAGCCGGGCUUCAAGACUCCAAUUGCUUCCUGUCUCCCAACAUGCCUGACCACAACUAUUUUUAAUUGUAAGGCAUGAAAAUAAGGUUAUUUAAUAAAUUAACGCUUCAAAUG